UUGGCCGGGAUUGGGGUAGCCAGGUGGAAAGCAUGGCCAGCCGUAGAGAAAUGCUUAUUGAAAUUCUCGAUUAUCAUGGAUUUAUCAGUGGUGACAGCGUUUCCUAGUCUCAGUUCAGUGGGCUGCUGGGUGGAAGGUACUCUUAUUCUCCAUGGACUUUACAGUGUCCCAAAACUUAUUGGAAUUAGUGCUGCAGGAUGUAAAUUUUGUUUGAAAAUGCUAGCCUUUGCUUUCCACUUGACUGUGUGUAUUGGUUCCUUAUAUCAGUACAUUCAUAACAAGCUAAACAUUACCAAACUUCUAUUUCGAUCAAAUAAGCCUCAAGUAGCACAUUUUGCAAUUCAAUUUGUUGACCAAAUUUAACACUCUCUCAUUGACCUCCAUACAAAAAAAUCCACACUUUCCAGGUGGAAAACUAGGGCAUCAUCUUUCGACGAAGAGUUUCCAUGUUGGAAAUUACCGUGUUCCGAGUUUCCAUAAACGCACCAUCAGCAGCACUAAAUGAUGUAAUGUAUACGUGCGUCAUAUCCCGAGUUCCAGUCGUGAAAGCUGAAACUUCAAUAUUUUUUGGAGAUAUUAAAAGUCCUCAUUUGUUAGCAAGAAAGGCAUUUGGAGUUUUUUUUACAUUUUUAGCUAGAAUGUUAACAUCGGAUUAUUCUCAAAUUCUGUAGUAAAUUAUAUUUUCUGUUUCUUGUUAUUCAGAACAUAAUCACGGAAAUAAUAUUUGACAAAUUAGCUUCAGUGAAGUACUGCAAAUGUGUGGAUGAGCUUUUAUUUUAAAACAAAUUCCCGUCAAACAGGAAACAGAUUUCUCUUAAUGUCGUAGAUGUACAGGUCUGGACAAAGCCGCGACUGAAAAACAUGAGUCGCCGCGACCGUUCUCUUCCAAUUUGACAAAUGCCUAUGUAAGAAAAAUCGAAUUGAAUACAACAAUCGCGGGUCCAGUGGACUCCUCAUCAACAUGGCAACUGAUGAGGAGAGGGGCGUAGUGCGUGUCAAAGUCAAGAAGUGUGAGGGGAUGCUGCCAGUGGAGUUUCGCUCAUUUGCUGUGGAUCCUCAGAUAACAUCACUUGAGGUGCUACAGCACAUCCUCAUCCGAGCCUUUGAGUUAAAUGGCAAACGCAACUUUGGAAUAAGUUACCUAUCCCGGGACCGUGGAGGUUUGGAAGUGUAUCUUUCGCUCCUGUCUGACUGGGAUUUAGAUGCUGCAUUUGUCAGUGCAGCUAAACCUUAUCUACAACUCAAGAUGGACAUUAAGCCUGCCGAAGACAGUCCCGUUAUGGAAGACUGGGACAUAAUAAGCCCCAAAGAAGUGAUUUGUUCUGACCAGCUUCCCGGGGAUAGGAGGUCCUUGGCGGCUGCUGCCCUCCCCUUCACCCAGUCCCUACUGUCCCAGGUUACUGACAACGCUCUCGCUCUUCACCCUGUCAGCCAUCUUUUUUACCAGCCAGUCACUGCUGCCUUGAGUCAGAUGAUGGGUCGAACACUGUCCAGAGUACAACAGGCCUUGAGCUGGUCUUAUGGGGAGGAGGUGAAGCCUUUCAAGCCCCCAUUGAGCGAUGCAGAGUUCCACAGUUACCUCAACGGCCAGGGCCAGCUUUCCCGACCAGAGGAACUGAGGCUACGCAUCUAUCAUGGUGGGGUAGAGCCUUCACUACGCAAGGUUGUGUGGCGUUACCUCCUGAACGUGUACCCCGAUGGGCUGACCGGUCAGGAGAGGAUGGACUACAUGAAGAGAAAGACUAGGGAGUACGACCAGCUGAAGGGGGAGUGGUCAGCUAGGGUCAGUCCAGAGGACCUGGAGUUCAUCAGGGGCAACGUACUGAAGGACGUCCUGAGGACCGACCGGGCCCAUCCCUAUUACGCCGGCUCCGAGGACAGCCCCCACCUCACCGCUCUCACCGACCUGCUUACCACCUUUGCCAUUACACAUCCACAGGUGUCGUACUGCCAAGGCAUGAGUGACAUCGCUUCUCCGAUACUUGCCGUUAUGGACAAUGAGGCACACGCAUUCAUCUGUUUCUGUGGCAUCAUGAAACGCCUAGAGGGCAAUUUCCGCCCGGAUGGCCAACUCAUGUCUGUCAAGUUCCAGCAUCUGAAGCUGCUACUGCAGUACUCAGACCCCGAGUUCUACUGUUACUUGGUGUCCCGCGGAGCUGAUGACCUGUUCUUCUGUUACCGCUGGCUGCUCUUGGAACUCAAACGGGAGUUUGCCUUCGACGAUGCCCUGAGGAUGCUGGAGGUCACCUGGAGCUCCCUGCCUCCUGAUCCACCUGAAACGGAAGUGGAGCUUUUUGGGCCUCCCCUAGAGACAGACCAGACCAGAAUGACAUCUGAGAGUGGUGUUGAAAAGAGGCCUGCUUUCGCAGGAGAAGAAGGGGAGCAGAAAGAGAAGCAGCGGAGACGACACAUGUUGAGGCCUUCAAGAGAAGAGGCAGACGGUGGGAGAAAGAUCGACAUGGAGGAAGGAGAGCGGGAGGACAGAGGAGCCAGAAGAGAGGGUGAGGGGAACUUUGACAUGCCUUACGUAGGAAAGGAGAAGGCGCACAAUAAUGCGCCUGUUCCUCCCUUUGAGAAGCAGACCAGUUUUGGUGAGUUCAAAUACUACAAUGCACGGAACAAGGACAGCUUUGAUUUCGUGGAGAGAGACGCACCAGAGGGUCCUGUUGAGAUGGAAGCCUCCUUGCACCCUGUAUCAAGUCCACUGGCCCGGCAGGUCACCGAGGACAGCGAGGAGGAUCCAGGGGAGAGGGCACCUCUUAUAACGGAUGAUGACAAGUCCUCCAGCCCAGAGACGGAGGAGAGGAGCUCCCCUAAUGGACAAACAGCCUCUCCGGUCUCCCCAUUUCCUCAUGGUCUGCCAAGCUGGAAGAAUGGUUCCUCUCUGUCUCCAGGCUCCACUCCCUCCCCCUCAAGUUGGAGAGGUGCCCUCACAGACACCCCGUCACCAAAGUACACCUCCCCCAUUUUACCCAACGGAAGGGUUGAGUCGCCAGAGAAAGCCACAAGAGGAUUUGCUUCCUUUGCGUCAGUGCCGAAUGGAACCGGAGCUAACUCUCCCGCUACCCCCACAGGGAGGUCCUUGGUUUCCUCUCCCCUACUGACUAGAUCAUUGCUCUCCUCCCCUAUUUUGUCCUUCGGGAGAGCUCUUCCUUCGCUGCCGGUCAGCACAGUGAACAAGUCCUUUCCCAGUAACCUCCCUUCUCCUUGCAGCAGAGCCUCCAGCACUGCGCCCAACACUCCAAAUUCAACCAAACCAGAGAAUACCACCAUCAAACCUUGUUCCCUGCCACCGCCUCAAGAGUUUGGUAAAGGGAAUCCUUUCAUGUUGUUCCUGUGCCUGUCAAUCCUGUUGGAGCAUCGAGACCACAUUAUAAAGAACAGCUUUGAUUACAACGAGCUGGCUAUGCACUUUGACCGCCUUGUUCGGCGACACAAUCUGGGCAGGGUGCUGCAGCGCGCCAAAGCCUUGUUUGCGGACUACCUGCAGAGUGAGGUGUGGGAUUCGGAGGAAGGGGAUGAGGUCAGCUCGGACUCGCCCACCACAGUCACUGCUGCUUUCCACUCCCCGCCCCCCUCUGCCACCAGGCCUCUUUUUACCCCUUUGUCAUCCUCUCCAAACUCCACCUAUAACCUGGCUGACACCAUACCUUCCCCUUCUUCACCUGUCUCCCUCUCUCCCUCCUCUUGACUUCUGUCACUAUAUCUCCAACACAUUUACAGUACAAUGAGUAAUGGUUGCCUAGUCCAGCUGUUUGUCCCUUUAUUGUUGCUCAUCUUAUUUAGCUCUCCACCCAUACCAGACUUGACUAGAAGGUUACUACUGUUAGUUCUUCAUGUCUAUGCUGUCAGUAUUGCUCUUCUCUCCAUUUCCUCUAAUCAACAAGUUCUCAUGCUUACUCUUGCCUUGCUAUGCACUCAUCCAUUGAGUUUUUACUGUUUCAAACUUUUAGUUACAGGGAUAAUAAUGUUUCAAAUACCUUUUACCUUUAUAUCAGGGCCCAGGGCUGGACACAUUGUGUUGCCCACGGUUAACAUGGAUAAGAACCUCAUUGGAUAAGCCACAACUGUGUCUUCUUGACCAAAGAGCUCUAGUUGUGUGAUCACACUGCUAAGAACCAAAACUGGCACAUUGCUAGUCUGGACUUUUUAGCAUAACUGCAGUGUGUAUGGUUACUGGUUCAAGCUCUGCCCCCUCUGUUCCCUGACUUGGCUACAGUUGGAGUGGGCGCUGGCCAUUGGAAGUAUGGAGAAAUAUGAACAGUAUGAAUGAGUCAUGCGACUCCCCUUAAAAAUGCCCUGUUGAGAAUAUAUCAAAUAUGCCUGUAUUUGACUACACACAUGCCAGCAUAGUGAUUAUGAGGACACUAACAACAGCAACAGAGCUUUGUAAAGGUUAUAUUCAUGAGUCAGUAAUUGCAUUGUGUAUCAUUACAUUUUCUAUCAAAAUAAUUUAAAUACUGUAUCAUUUUGGUGUUGCAAGGUCAAAUUUUAAAUAUCAAGGUGAGAUUAAGUUAUUUUCUUUAGAAAUACUAUGAAGCAUGUUGUGCCCCAUAGGAAUCUGAAUGGCAAAGAAAAGUUACAGUAUAUUGGGAGAAGCCUUAUAAGAAAUCAAUGGGUUUCAGUACUGCAGUUUCAUGGCCAGUUUCUGCAUUUGCGCUCACAAUUGACUGUUUGCUUUUGAGUCACACGCAACCACUAUGAUCUGAACAAUAUACUGUAUUAAAUGGGAAUGUUUUGCUA